AUGUAUGCAGGGUGAUCGAGCUGCUGGACCGGCUGCAGCGGACUGGUGAGCUGCCUCCUCCCAAACUGCAGGCCCUGCAGAGAGUCCUACAGAGCAAAUUCUGCGCUGCCAUCAGAGAGGUUUAUGAGCAGCUCUAUGACACUCUAGACAUUGUUGGAGGACCAGAGGUGCGAGCCCAGGCAACAGCCAAGGCCACAGUGGCAGCCUUUGCAGCCAGUGAGGGGCACGCCCACCCAAGGGUGGUAGAACUGCCCAAGACAGAAGAGGGACUGGGCUUUAACAUCAUGGGUGGAAAAGAGCAAAACUCUCCCAUCUAUAUCUCAAGAGUCAUCCCUGGAGGAGUGGCUGACCGCCAAGGUGGGCUGAAGAGAGGAGACCAGCUACUUUCUGUCAAUGGUGUGAGUGUUGAAGGUGAGCACCAUGAAAAGGCUGUUGAGCUGCUGAAGGCUGCACAGGGAUCAGUCAAGUUGGUGGUCCGCUACACCCCGAAGGUGCUGGAGGAAAUGGAGGCUCGCUUUGAGAAGAUAAGGAGCGCCCGGAGACGACAGCAGCACACCAGCUACUCGUUAGUCUGCAGUCAGCAUGUUUAUCUCUAGAAUCCAGAGGCUAACCGGCCCAACGCCUUCAUCUGAUUUAUCAUCCAGACCUCCCGAUUCUUCUGCUCCAGCAGGAAGAAAGACCAUGGAUGGAAGCAAAGAAGUAGUCAA